CAGCUUAGCCAAAUCGAUCGCAGACUAAGCCAAUCAAGCAGACACUAUCACCGGACUACUGACCCUGGCUACUGACUUCUCCCUCGCACUUCAUCGUGCUCUCUCAGAAUAGAAUGCGUUUUUUGGAUCGGCACAGUACAUCUAUCUUCGCAUGCGGGCUCGCGAUUACUCCUCCACUAGUAAUAAAGACUGGACACAAGCGCAAUAGUAGCGGCCAGUAACCAAUCACAGCAUGGCAUCUGUCAGAGUUGCCGCCGACCCUCGUCAGCAGUUUACGCAGUACGAAAUCGACGAGCUUUUGUCGCGUAUUUCAUCGGGAGCCAGCUGCAACGCCGUGCACGCGAUAAUGGCGUCGGGGGCGGCACGGCAUUUGGCGGUGCGUCUCCUCACGGGCGACGCUGUCGCUGACUCCGCCCGCCCUGCGCACAGCGACUCUUCGCGGGUCUCACUGGUGGACGGCGCCCGCCCGCACAGCGCGGCGGCCGGCGGGCGGCGCGCGAGCACGAGGGCGAACAUGACGGCGCGGACAGCGGGGCCCGUGCCGCAGUCCACCUCGUGGGAAGGCCCUUCGGCCGCGACCCCGUCCCCGCGUUACUCUCACACGCCGCGCUCCCCGGCUUCACGGGCCGUCCCCUCGCGUUCGGAGGAGCCAGCGGACCACUGUGCAAGCGACUCCGCACGGUGGGCGCAUCAGGAUGCCGCCAGUCCCCGAAGCUGCCGCUCCAGAGCCGGGCCGCCCUCGACAGUGCAGCGCACUCGAUCAGAGACGCCGCAAUCGACGGCAUCUCCCCGUCGCGGCACGACGUCGGGAAUUUCCAGCCCAGGAGUCUCCGGCGGGGAGAGCGCCUCGCGUCGAAAGCUUCCCGGGAGGUCGUUCUCGGACCAGCCUGAGCGUCCCCGCUCGAGCGGGCGCGUCGACGGCGGCGCAGUGCGGUGCAGUGGCGGCGCUGAAAGCAGCGGUCCCGGUCUGAUUAGCCCGCUGGACUUGCGGAGGCGGGUGGUGCCGGAACGGAGUGAGUCUCCCUCGGGGGCAGCGCGAGCGGCGCAGGGCGAAGGGGGCAGGACGGACGACUUGCGGCGGAAUGUGCUCGAAAAGUCCCUCUCAGAUCGGCCGGAACGGCCUAUGAGCGCCGCGGGGAGGUGCAGUAGCAGCGGCAACGGCAGGAGACUGAGCAGCGGACUCGGGCGGCAGACAGUGGGGGACGAGCUAGGGCGGAAGGGGAAGGAGGCGGACGUGUGGGCGGUGUGCGACCGGCUGAUGGUAGAAAACCAGACGCAGCUGCGCGCGAGCGGUGCGGGGAGCCCACGAAGGGAGACAGAGGGGGAGCAGAUACGGUCGGGUUCUAAGGAGGUGCGGAGAGGCGAAGCGAGAGGGCCUGGCGCGCACGGCGAGUGCUGCAGAGAGACGGAGCGGCUGACGCUGCAGGUGGCGGAGCUGGCGCGCGCGAACGCGCAGCUGAGCGAGAUGCUGCAGAUCCGGGCGGGGGAGGUGCAGCGCGCGGAGGAGGCGCUGAGGGUGGCGCAGGGGGAGAGGGACGCCCUGGCGCAGGAGAUGGAGGCCGCCCUGCACACGUGGAUGGCCACCACGCCCAGAGCCGCUGCGCCUAGCAAAACAGCCACGCGUGACACUGCUGCGGAUGUGACCAAAGCAAGUGUGACUAUAGAGGAGCAUGCAGCUGUGGUGGGGCGGGUGGCAGCGGUGGAGAGGGAGAACCAGGAGCUGUGGGCCAUGCUGGAGGGGCUGAGCGCACAGAGGGAGGCGGAGCUCAGGCAGACAGAGGGGCUCAGACUGAGGGUCAAAGGCUUGGUGGCUGCUGCAGCAAGCUCUGCCACCACCGGCAGGGAUGGUGGAGGGUCAACCAUUUCCGGAGGUUCGUCGUCGGAUAGGCACGGCUCCAACAUGCUGUCUGUCAAUGGAGCACCCUCAGCUUCCAGGGUGCGAGGUCACAGGCACCAGAGUUCACUUCAUUCGGUGCAUUCAGUGCCAAAUCCUGUAACGGAACUAUCUUCAUCCCCAGUCACUCCAAGGCGCCGCUUCCCUUCUAGCGCAUCCGUCCCGGGCUCAAGGCAUCAUGACCAAAAUAGGAGCAUCAACGCCCAAAGAAUGGUGUCUGAGGGCUCCACACAGUUGAGUGUAGGCUCGAAGAAAAAGGUGUGGUUUGGACAAGAUUGAUAGAUUCACACACCUAAGAAAAUUGAUCUUGCAUUCUUUUGUGGUAAUAUAUCGACUUACUUCUCGCAGACUAUCUUGUAACUAUCCUCGUCAGGAUUUGUUCGCUCGCAGUCCGUAGAGCGGGCGGGCGCUCGUCCCUUUGCAACCAAUCA